AUGAUUCUAUCUCGAACAAAACCAGCAUCAGACAAUCGCGCCGGUAGCCAUUCUGCUAAAAAAACUUUUCCGGAGCUUGAAGACUUCAUAUUAAAACGGGACUACGUUGGUGCGAUUACACUGUUGGAAUUCUUGAACCACGAAGGAACAGAUAACGAAUGGGUGGAUGUUUGGAUGGGUUGGUGUUGGUUCCACCUGGGCGAGUACCGGCGCGCUCUCGACCAGUACGAGCAACUGCGCGCCCGCGACAAAUUAGAUUCGCGCAUCUCCGACAAUAUAGCCAUUGAUCUCGCCGUAUGCUAUUUUUAUUUGGGAAUGUACAAAGAGUCACAAGAGGCGAUCGAGGAAGCGCCUAAAUGUGCUCUAAAGAAUCGUCUGCAGUUCCACUUGGCCCAUAAGUUAGGCGAUGAGGAGGCUUUGAUGCAGGCGCACGCGGCACUACGCGACGUGCCCGAAGACCAGCUCAGUCUAGCCGCUGUGCACUACCUGCGCGCGCACUACCAGGAGGCCAUUGACGUAUACAAGAAGCUCUUGUUGGAAAGACGUACAUACAUGGCGCUGAACGUAUACGUGGCCUUAUGUUACUACAAACUCGACUACUACGACGUGUCCCAGGAAGUGUUGGGAGUCUAUCUGGCGCAGCAUCCGACCUCUACAGUUGCUGGAAAUCUGAAAGCCUGCAAUCUAUUCAGGCUGUAUAACGGGAAAGCGGCGGAAAGCGAAUUGAAGCAGAUCUGUUCCGAACAGCAUACCUUCGGGCAAGAUCUGGUUAAGCACAACCUAAUCGUGUUCAGGAAUGGAGAGGGUGCGCUUAAGGUUUUGCCAGAGCUGGUGGACGUGGUACCCGAGGCGCGUCUAAACUUGGCGUGCGUGCGCCUCAGACGCGGGGAGGCGUUGGAGGCGGCGGAGCUUCUGCAGCCGGUAGAAGCCAGCUCGCCCCUGCACUACAUCCUGCGGGCAGUGGUCGCCGUCAGGCUCUACAACGACACCGGAGACGAGGAGCAACUGAAGCUCGCCCAGCAGAACUUCCAGUUGGUUGGCAGCUCCGCGUCGGAAUGCGACACCAUCCCCGGCCGCCAGUGCAUGGCCUCCUCUUACUUCCUCGCGGGCCAGUUCGAGGAGGUGCUGGUCUACCUCAACUCGAUCAAGAGCUUCUUCGUCAACGACGACACCUUCAACUUCAACUACGCGCAGGCAAAGGCCGCUACAGGGUUCUACCGCGAGGCCGAGGAGUGCCUUCUGGCCAUACAGGAUGAGGAGAUCCGCUGCUCUUUCACCUACCUCUCGUGGCUGUGCAGGUGCCACGUCAUGAACAAGGAGGCACACCUCGCGUGGGACAUUUGCACUAAGGCGUCAGGUACCCCGGAUGGAUUCGCGCUAUUGCAGCUCGUGGCGAACGACAGCUACCGGAUGGGCCAGUUCCUGGUAGCCGCGAAGGCGUUCCACGCGCUCGACAGGUGCGUCAAAGAAUCUGACAUCACUGCAUCAACAGACCUAGGAUUGUCUACGAGUAGGCCAAAGAGCAACACUUGCUUCCCGCCGCUCUGGGGCUUGGUAACUGUGAGCUCGCACGUGCCAUUACACCAGCUGGACGGCGGGCCGGAGAUGUGGGAGGGCCUGAGGGGGGCGGUGUGCGGGGUGGCGCAGGCGGCGGGGGCGCGGAGGGCGGGCGCCGCGGCCGAGCUGCGCGAGGCGCUGGCCCUGCUGCGGGGGCCGGGCGCGAGGCCCGCGGCGGACCACGUGCUGCGCACACUGGCCGCCUGGGCGCACCAGGCCCGUAUACCCGUG